CACCGAUUGAACAUGUCCCUCCAUCUGUCAUCUCACAGGAUGGUUCUCUGUGUCAGCUGAUCCAUCUGUUUAGCUUCAGUCUGCACAGCAGCGGAGGCGAGGAGAACUACAGUGGACCUCCUGCGUCAUGAAGCUACAAGGUGCUUUUCAAGAGGGACGCUGCCCAUUAAACAAGCAGUUCUGCCUCUGAUAUCUGGCAAUCAGUACUCUGGUUUCAAGAAGAGCGAAGUGUUGAGAGUCGCUUUUCAAAGAGCCUGAACUUUCAUACUAAACGGCCUCUGGGGUCGCAGGGCACAUUUACAUAUAAAAGGGGAGGGAGCUCCAGGGAGCAAAAAGGAUGAGGAGCAACAAGAGGAAGAAGGAACAAGAUACCAAGAUGAGAUUGUGCUGGUGGGUUUGCCCAGUCUCAGUUGUAAUUUUUCAUUUUUUACAUAUGCAGAGUCAGAGAGGAGAGAGAGUGAGAAAGACAUUCUGACAGGCAGAAAGAGUCAUGGAUAAAACAAAAACAGAGAACAAAAUAGAAAACAAUACAGGCUGUGCUGACCUUCUUGCCCCCCAUUUCUAACACAUGCUGCAAAAGUGCAGGAGCAAAACUACUGCGCAGAGAUACAGUGCAGUUAGAAACAGGCUUUUCAUUCCUUUGGCUGCACUCCAAGACAGUGACUGUAAGGUUAAAGUGGUGACUUUAAGGAUCCUUGGUGGUGUUGUAGGUAAAGAUUUGUAGCUGUUUUCAUAAAAAGUCCCACAUUUAAAAAUAGUACAGCAGGAAAAUCAUCCUAAACACACAAACAAGAUGAAACCAAUGAAUUUUUUAACGUCCAAACUUGACUAUCCAGGUCAGUCAUCUGACCUCAGUCCAACUGAGCAUGUGUUCGGCUUCCUGCAGUCCAGAUUGCAGACAUGAAGGCCACAAAACAAGCAAAAUGUGAAGAUGGCUGCAGUACAGGCCUGGCAGCACAUGGAAGAAAAUAUGUCCAAAUGUCCAAAAUGAUUUUUGAUUACCUCUGCAGCCUAUACUUCUACAUAUUUCUGUAUCGUGAUAUGUUUGAAUGUUAAGUUUUAAUUAAGUCACAGAAAGUCCUUUCUAAUGUCAAUGUUUAAAAUCAAACCGAUGUGCUGUGGUGCAGAACCAGCACAACAAUAACAACAAAAAGUACAAGCACUAUACUUUCUCCCUCCACUGUACUGCUGAAUUUAAAAUCUGACAUAACGCAGUUGUGUGCCGCGCAGCGAGACGUGUCACAAAGUUGCAUCCGAGCCGAGUUGAAAGACGAGCAACCCCGCGAAGCAGACACAGCGGUGACAGGAUGAGUCGCUCUCCACCUGAGGAGAGACUCCUGUGACUUUUCGGGAGUUCAGAGAUCUGCUGAUGGUGAUGCACAGUGACGGACCCCCUCGGUGGAUUUCGAAGAAUACGGAGCGUAAGACAAUCCACAGAGCAGCACGGCCCAAAUUCCUCAGGUGGAAGGAGGACACUGUGCUAAGAGCUUUGUGUGUCUAAUGUGAAACCACUCAAUCCAUGUGGAAUUUAUUUUGUACAGUGCAUUAAUAGAUUAAGAGGCCUCGCUGUGGCUGUCCUUUCACAACGCAGAGACCCUGUUGCUGCUGCGGAAUAAAGGCUGAUUAUCCCGCCUGGCGUAACCCAUAAAAUAAAUCCCUUUCCUGUGGCAUUUGCCAGGUGUGUGUGAUUGCGGCCAAUCCCUCCAGGAUCUUCCUGAAAGGCAUGUGUUCUGCACUUUGAGAGGCUGAGGCCGGCUCUCUGUGUUCGGCCGCCCGGAGUUGGGUCGUUCAUCCUGUGGGCAGGAUAAUCUUCUGUAAUCCCCAGCUCUGUGAUCUGACCACAGCGCUGGAUGGGCAGGAGAGGCUUGGGUGGGCAGGGCCACUAAAAGCGUUCACUAAUAUCUUUUAUUACAAAUAUAAAUUACCAGACAUUUACACUGUGUGAUAAAUGAACAAGAAAACAAAUGUUUGUUCUGUUUGGCCAUCAGUUGCUUUAAUGUAAGUGAAGAUAAGCCUAAGAUAUCAAAAACAGCGAAUGUUCGGUUGUUUUGACUAAUCAGACUUGCUCUCCAGUUGCAUCAGUCUCUUCAGCACUGACAGAAUUAAGGUUGUAAUGCUUCGCGCACAAUAAUGAGUACAGAUUUCCCAAUAUUGUGCACAGCCGCGUUCAGUCCAGUAUUAGGAGUGAAAUGUGGAUCUCGCUGCAGCGCUGGUGACUUAUCAACUCAGAGUGUGGAGGUGGGGGCCGAAGUGGAUUUGAAUUUUCAUCGUGGCUAGCGAUGUUUUCAUUUUUUUCUGAGAAAAAAAAUAUUUGUGACUCAUCUGAGAUGCAUGCACGAAAGGACUCAGAGCAGGCCUCAUGCAGCUACUGGAAGGGCUUCCGGAGAGCUUUGAUUCAAAUCCAGUGUACGUUGGGAAGUAUGCUAAUAAGAUGACACACUGAAAAAAGUGAUUCUGAGCAUUUGUAAACCUAACAUAAAUUAAAUCUGUGAAAUUAACAAUAAAAAUCGUAGUUUGUAUCUUUACAUGAAAAUGUAUCGUUUGAAAUUAAUAUGCAUUUGUUCAAAAUACAAAGUAUUGUGUGUUUUUUAAUUUACAAGCGUUUUUUAGUUAUCCCAGUCGAUCUUCUCAAGUACAAACACUCAACAAACAAUAAACUUGUUUCAUUUACUUCGUGCCGUAAUCCCGCCAACCGACAUGCAUUCUGGGUACCUCCUGCAUGAAAACAGCGCCACAUUUCCAGAGACUGAGCGUAUGGUUGAGUCGACUAACCUUUAAGAAUCAACAUGUCUGUCAGACUUCGAGUCAUACUGCAGGAAGAAAUUCGCAAGCUUACCUUGCCCUCAGGAAUCCCUCAGACUGUGGGGGAAUUGAAGAAUAUUUUACAAGAGACAUUUGCAAUUGAACAAGAUUUUAGUAUUCAGUUUCAGGACCAAGAUUUCGAUGGUCAGUUUUUUAGUCUCCUUGAAACUAAGGACAUAAAGGACAAAGACACUAUCAAGGUGGUUCUUAUUGAACCAGUGAUCACACUAACAUUUGAGGAUUGUUUGAAUGCUAAAGGACUCCAAGAGAGCACUGACUGCAGUCAUGCAGAGUCAUCGAAAGAUACCUGUUCCACAGCAUCCACCAUAAUUCUGUCUUCUCCAGAGAGCACCUCCUCCCUUCACUCUGAGUCCUGGCCAGCUCAGUUUGAGAUACCUACCUUCUCCUUUGACACUGAACUCAUUCUGCAAACUGCAAAUGAAGCUUACAGAAAGGACGGAACCUUACUCAACAAUCCUGCAGUAAAAGCCAACAUUCUGGACAAAUUAGCAGCUAGCAUCUUUGUCUACACUGCCUAUCCUUCACAAGCACAAAGGGAGCAGGUUGCUGAGGCCCUUGUUGCGAAGCACCCAUCUUUGAGGGACCCAGUAUCGUUCAAUGGUUUAUAUAGUUGGCACAACAGCUUGAAGUAUAAGCUUGGCAAUUACAGAGCAAAGGUGAGGCACCUUGGACUACCAGAGGUAAAUGUAAACUCUCGAAAGAAAAAAUUGGCUGCAGACUCCAGCACUCCGUGUAGACACUUGAAAAAGGCGACGAAAUCUGAGGUAAACUACCUCCCACCCCACUCUCAAGGUGAAACUGAUGCAACACUUGAGAAGGAGCGAGUGGAGAUUCUCUAUGAGUACAAGAAAAGAGACAAUAACAAACUCAUAAAUGAAAAGAUGGCAAAAACCUUCUCACUGUGUCGAAAUGAUGUAAUCCUCAACAAACCACCUGUGAUUGACUUCAAAGCUCGAUGGCCUGCCUUGUUUGAGUUUUCCCAGAUUGAGGAGGAAUUCCGCAGGAUCACGCUGAAGCCACUUCAGUCCACAUUCCUGGGCAAGUUGGACCAAUACACACCCCAGCUGUUGAGCCUGUACAGGAGGAAGGGUGGAGCCGUUGGGAAGAAACUUGAUGAGACCCUUGACAUGCUGAAUGAGGCAUGUAUUUACAACAGUGUAGUAGUAGUUAGUUUUAAGAAGUUGUCUUCUGACAUCUGUAAUCUCAUAUUUUAUAUUAAUCUCAUAUUUCUCAUAUUAAUGAGUAUUCUCAUUUCAUAUUUUUGUAGGACAGCAACGUUGAGUCCCGAAGAGAAGUUGUGAUCAGAGGCCUCAUUCUCUACCUUGGUGAAAACACUGGAGAGUUAAUCAAGGACUUCCAGGUAAAGAAAAUAUAACUUUUGAUUCAAAGCCCUGUCAGUAUGAGAUACGUUUGUGCAAAAAUAGCUGUUAUUGAUAAUUUGACAAGAUUUAUUUUGUAGAUUUAACAAAGAGUUAUGCAUCCUUAACAUUACUAUACAAUAAAUAAGUUUUAUUCUCUCUGGUGUAUUUCACAGGUUUUCGAUGACGACGAUGCUGCAGCUGUCCAAGAAGCCAUUACUACAUUUGUCCUCGGCAUCUUUGUGGUCAGCAAAGCCAGGGAUGGUCUCCCCAAGCAAGCUGGAAUAGCCAUCGAGGGAGCAGAAGUCCUUUUUGGUAUCCCAGAUGUGGCACAUGCUUGCACCUAUCUGAUGGGCCUUAUCUAUGCCUUGGAACUAAGGUACCCUAAUAAACUGAAAUACACAUUUGAGGUCUUUCAGAAGAUCUUUUUGGAGCUGGAGGAUGCAAACAAAAAAAUGUCCUCCAAAGUCCAUGAUCUCAAAGUCUGUUUGCAUGCUUAAAAGCCAUACAGAUGGUGUUGAAAGUAUAGGAUUUGAGUGAACUCACUCUUGUCAAGUUUGACAGUUAGUUUUACACUGCACAUUCUAAGGUUCUCCCAAUGCACUCUCUCAGGUUACACUACUUGUUUUUUUAUUCUGUGAUGCUGGAAAAUAUUUAAUUUGAUUGAAUAUGAUGAUGUUGGUGCAUGCUUAAUUUUGUUAUGUAUUGUGCAUUCUAUCUGUUCUCUGCACUUUAAAUGGCACACAUAAUGGAUGUAGCUGUUUUGACAGCUAGGAUUUCAUUUAGUUAUAGUGUUCUGAUCUCUAAGAAAGAUCGUCAGUGGGGUUCUGAUAGUAUGUCUGGAGUUCAUAGAGUUCAGUUCUUAUUGUCAAAUAAAUUUGUUUAUUUGAGCUAAA